AAUUCUAAAACAUUCUUUCUUUUUUUAAAUGCAGGACUCUACACUGGAGAGUAAACCAGUCUGGUUUACCUUUAAAUGAUGCUGUCUCCACAGCUGCACAAAAUCUUAGCAGUAGCUUUUUUCCUGCUCCCAUUCUGUGCUCAAGGUAAACCUGCAGGGCUUCUUUCACGGUUCCCUUUCAAGCCUUUUUUCGGAGGUGGGCAUGAUGAAGGACAGAUACCAGAUUUCACACCUCCGGCUGCUACUGAAAAUGGGGACAUCAUCCAUCAAUUAGAAUAUCGGAUUUCCAGACUGGAAGGAGUCCUGCUCUUGAAUAAGAUGAUAACAGAGUUUCGAGGAAAAAUAUUUGCUACCAAUGGGAAAAGAGCUGAUUUUGAUGCUACAGUGGAAAAAUGUAGAGAGGCUGGAGGCUCUAUUGCCACUCCAAGGAACCCUGGCGAGAAUGAUGCCAUUCUAUACUUCGUGAAAUAUUUUAACACCUACGCCUACCUGGGGAUAAAACAAUCUCUUAUUCCAGGCAAAUUCCAGCUCCUGAAUGGUACUCCACUGAGCUAUACUAACUGGUAUUCAAAUGAACCCUCUGGCCAAGGGGAGGAGGAAUGUGUGGAGAUGUACACCGAUGGCACUUGGAAUGACAAAAGAUGCAACAACAAUCGUCUUAUUGUCUGCCAGUUUUAGUGCUUCCCUUGCUGCUCUCUGGAAUGUGCUUCCCUAUCACUUGUCUCUUCACUUGUAGCUAGUGAACUUAGAUAAUGCAGCAUGAAAAAAUAAAAUCCACUCUUCCCCAGUACGAUUUUUCUUCUAUCCAAAUGCCAGCCAUAAAGAGGAAACUGUAUAAUGAAA